CGGCUAGACCAUGCUUUAAAACAGACCUAAAAUGCAUUUUGCCUCGGAAGAAGCAGACGAGAGGGCUGACAGUUAAAAGGACACUAGAUACGGGAGUCUUGUGUGUGGGCAGGAUCAGCUCCAAAAGUCAAAAUGAGGUCACCUGAAAAAGGAAUUGCUGUAAAGGACCCUACAGCUGUAGAAAGAGCAAACUUACUGAAUAUGGCUAAACUGAGUAUCAAAGGCCUCAUUGAGUCAGCGCUGAGCUUUGGCCGCACUCUGGAUUCCGACUACCCCCCUCUGCAGCAGUUCUUCGUUGUCAUGGAGCACUGCCUCAAGCACGGCUUGAAAGUAAGAAAAUCCUUUCUAAGUUACAAUAAAACCAUCUGGGGUCCUCUGGAACUUGUGGAGAAAUUAUAUCCAGAAGCUGAGGAAAUAGCAGCAAGUGUCAGAGAUUUACCUGGCCUCAAGACGCCGCUGGGCCGUGCCCGGGCCUGGCUGCGGUUGGCACUGAUGCAAAAGAAAAUGGCCGAUUAUCUUCGCUGUUUGAUCAUCCAGAGAGAUCUCCUCAGUGAAUUUUAUGAGUAUCACGCACUGAUGAUGGAGGAAGAAGGAGCAGUAAUUGUUGGGCUGUUGGUUGGGUUAAAUGUGAUAGAUGCCAACCUAUGUGUGAAGGGAGAAGACCUGGAUUCACAAGUUGGGGUGAUUGAUUUCUCUGUGUAUUUGAAGAGUGAUGAUGACAUCGGGGGUAAAGAAAGAGAUGUUCAGAUUGCUGCAAUAUUGGACCAAAAGAAUUAUGUUGAAGAACUAAACAGGCAACUGAAUAGCACAGUCAGCAGCCUCCAUGCAAGGGUUGAUUCACUGGAGAAAUCAAACACUAAACUGAUUGAAGAGUUAGCGAUAGCUAAAAACAAUAUAAUUAAACUCCAGGAAGAAAACCAUCAAUUAAGGAGUGAAAAUACUCUGAUUUUAAUGAAAACCCAGCAUCAUCUAGAGGCAACUAAAGUGGAUGUUGAAGCAGAACUUCAGACCUACAAACACUCCAGGCAGGGUUUGGAUGAGAUGUACAGUGAAGCUCGCAGGCAGCUUCGGGAGGAGUCCCAGCUUCGACAGGAUAUGGAGAAUGAGCUGGUGGUUCAAGUCAGUAUGAAACACGAGAUAGAGCUUGCCAUGAAGUUGCUGGAGAAGGAUAUCCAUGAGAAGCAGGAUACCCUCAUCGGCCUCCGCCAGCAGCUUGAUGAAGUUAAAGCAAUUAACAUGGAAAUGUACCAAAAGCUGCAGGUUUCUGAAGAUGCUAUGAAAGAAAAGAGUGAAAUAAUUAGUCGAUUAGAGGAUAAGACCAAUCAAAUUAAUGCAGCUAUGAAACAACUAGAACAAAGAUUGCAGCAAGCAGAGAAGGCCCAAAUGGAGGCUGAGGCUGAGGAUGAGAAACUUAAGCAGGAAUAUGUGAAUAAAUCUGAAAGUCUGCAGAAGGAAUUCUCCCAGAAGGAGAAACAGCUGCUUCAGCUGGAAACAGAUUUGAAGAUAGAAAAGGAGUGGCGGCAAACCUUAGAGGAUGAUCUUCAGAAGGAGAAGGAAACUGUAUCUCAUCUGAGAUUAGAGACCCAAGAAAUAAUUAACCUUAAAAAAGAGUUCCUUAAACUUCAGGAAAAGAACAAGCAACUGAAAAGGAUAUGUGAAGACCAAGAAGCUGCUCUCCAAGAACUGGCAUCCAAGCUGAGCGAAUCAAAGCUGAAAAUAGAAGAUAUAAAAGAAGCCAACAAAGCAUUGCAGGGCCAGGUUUGGUUGAAGGACAAAGAGGCCACACAUUGCAAGUUAUGUGAAAAGGAAUUUUCGCUUUCCAAAAGGAAGCAUCACUGUAGAAACUGUGGUGAGAUCUUCUGCAAUGCCUGUUCUGACAAUGAGCUGCCUCUGCCCUCCUCACCAAGGCCUGUCCGGGUCUGUGACUCCUGCCACGCAAUGCUCAUACAGAGGUGCUCUUCUAACGUGCCCUAAGGUUGUGUCACUAGAUAUUCAUUAGUUCUGGUGUUCAGCUAUUCCUGUAGAAAACCCAACGCCACCUAAAGAAUGUACAGCAGUAUUUCCAGGCUUCCAGGUAAGCAGUGUAGAGUUGCAGUUUUGAGGUGCACUGGAGGAGUCACUUCUCUGCUUCCUCUUGAAACCAACAGAGAAAAUGGGACCCAAAUGUCAAAAAUGCACAUGUGGAAAAAAAAAACCCAAACAGAUGAGGAUGUUGGUCUAACAAAUGGCUCAGCAUCUCCUUUGGAGGAGGCAGGGCAGCUUAUAGAGGAGAUUCAGUGUUAACAUUUGGUGGGUGUUUUAGUUAUUGAGAUGCUCUUCAAAAAGGUGAUGCACUUCCCUGCUUUUACAGGCUAGUCUGCCGCAAGUCCAACCUGAUUCUGCCCCUCAGUGUGCCUGUGAUACGUUGUUGUGUAGCAAAACCGUGCAGUAGCUCGUUUUCAAUUGUUUUUUAAAAAAAUAUGGCCAUUAAUGCAGUGCUCUGAUAAGUUUUUGCCAAAUACCAUAUUUGUUUACUUCCUCUUAAUUACCAGGACUUGAUGCAUCCAGGAGUAUUGCACUGACAGCUCUGCUCUGUGGAGUCACAGGUGGAAGGGGAGAUUUUGUCAGGGAACAAGCAGUGCCUCGGGCACUUGCAGAAGGAAGGUGUGUUUUGGUGAAUGAUUUUUGCAAAUGAACUGUUAAUAUGAUGUAUCUGUGUUUCCAUCCAAAGAGAGCUGUCCAUCACAAACCUUUUGCCCGACAUUGCAACUUUGAACGCACCUCUUUGCAUUAUUUUCGUGCAGGUCAUGCUCUCAGGCUGCCCAUGCAGUCAGUGUGUAGCUCUAGAAACCACCAGGACAGCCUGGGAUUAAAUACCAGGGACCACAUCCUUUCUGUGUUGCACAGGAAAGUUCUUAGUUUGUCACCAUCUCCGUCAAACUUGCAGAAUUUGUUCCUAAACUUCAUUUUUUUCCAGAGCACCUUUGAGCCCCCCCACUCUGUUGGCACUGAUGAGCCCUCAGCAGAAUUACCAGGCCGGGAGCUUCUUCAGCUGUGGGCUUGGACUAUUCCUACUAACAGGAAAAGGGAGGCUUGGGAACAAGUCUUCUAGUUGUCCUUGCACUUUGUUUAGCUUAGCUUUGUCUCUGGGGAUAGGGAUUUAGUUAAUAUCCUAAAAUCUAACAUAGCUGUUCUUUUCAACACUCAAUGUAGUUGCUUAUGUAGCUUUUGUAAAGAAAAAUGUUUCUAAAAUGACCUGAUGUAACUUUUUGUAAAAUACCAAACAAAUACUUGUAAAUGUGUAAAUAACUUUUGGAAAAAAAAUAAAUUUAAUUGAUCUGCAACUUAACUAAGGGAAUAAUGUCACUUUAUUUAAAUUUGUAAUUGAGAGGAUUGUAUUUUAUUUUAUUAUGACUUGUUCAUGAUGCUUAGAAAACUUUUGCCUGUGCUGGGGAGCGGGCACCUACCCUGCUAAAGACACAGUCAAGGGCUGCUCAUGUGCCUCCUGAGAGUAUUCCCAGAGUGUUUUCCAGUGGGCACCAGAGGCAGCAGGGGUUGAUGUAGGAUAACACUAAUCUGUACUGCUUUAAUAAGUAACUUCUCCAAAAGUAUGCAACUGAACAGAAGUAAUUUUAAAACAGGCAACUUUUUAAAGUGGAUUUCCUUAAGAUACAAUAAAUUACAUUUCUGUUACUUAACUGCCAUCUUUUCCUCUCCUCUGUGCUACCCUCUUUGCAAGGGGAAAAGCGUGCAAUUACUCAGAUUGUUUUUACUGUCUCCAAGUAACAUUUGUCCUUGAACAAACUGGUGAAUGCUGACAUUCCCUUGCAUUCAAACUACACACCUGGCCAGCUUUUAAGGUUUUUGGACCACACUAUGACUAAUGCUGUAUCUUUGUGUUUCUGUAAAAGCCUGCUUUUAGAUUGAUUCUA